AUAAGAAAUGUAUGUUAUGUUUAUUAUCAUUGAUUAUAGAAAUAAUAGUUCAUCUAAAUAAUGAAUAUUACCAUAGAAUAGAAUAAUAUUAAGAAAAAAUAUUACCACAGAUUAAAUAAAAUAAAAAUAAAAUAAUAGUUUUAAUCUGUGAUAUUACUUAGCUUAAUCAUGGGUUGGAAUAUUUACAAAUUGUUGUGUUGUUGUGGCAGUUCUAAUGAAUCAACUAGAGUAGAUUUGGCAAUUGUUCGAGAACAACAAGCUGCUGCUGCUGAAAAACGUUUAAGAGAACAAGAAAGUCGAGGCAUUAAAAAUCCAGAUCGUGUCAAACGUAUGCAGCGAGAACAACAAAAACGUGAUGAAGAAGCUAACAAAAAUACUAAUAUGGGAACAAGUACUGGAUUAAAGUGGCAAGUCAGUUAAUUAUUCAAAAUAUUGAAGUUAAUGUAUCCAUCCUCAAAAUAUGUAUUUAUUUAUUUAUUGUAUUAAUCUAUUAAAUUAUGAUUUUAAUUACUGUAUGUAAUUACUUAUGUAAAUAACAUGUAAUGUUAUUUUAGUUUAUUAAAAUAUAUUUUUUCUAUUCCAUAAUUCAUA